UUGCUAGAUCCGUCGGGUUGCCGCUUUCGUCAUCGCAUCUGUCUGUGUGUAGUAUAUUCGAGCCUGAGGGCGGUAUGUGAUGACCCGUCUUCUAGUGCUUAAGAUGUUUGCGAACAGACAUCACAGAGGCUGCCUUCCUGCACUCGAAGGGUGUCGCUUUUGUACAGGCUGCAAGGAUCGGUUCGGAUAGACGUCAUCAAUGCCAAGCCGGCUCAAAGCUGUGAGUGUGCAAAGGUACCGGCCCGUGGUGUUGGUUGUUGAAUCAAUGGCAAGAGCUUUGCAUCUGCUUCAUUCUCUGUGACAAUUUCAGUCCCAAUCUCCUGUGACCUGCCCAGACAUCAAGAUAUUGACCAAGAAGAUAAGCGGAGCAAAAUGCCAUUCGCCACAGUCAAUGGCCAUGCUAUCCAGUAUGUCGAAAGCGGGCAGGUAGGGUACAACGUGCAAGAAGACAAGCUACCGAUUGUCUGCAUACACGGAUUGGGAAGCUCGCAGAAUUAUUACAUGCCAGUCGUGCCGUACCUGGAAGGUCACAGAGUCGUCGCGCUCACCACAUAUGGAGCGGCGGAAUCGAAGUCGAAAGGAGAGAAAUUGAGCUUGGUGGAUAUGGCGGAAGACGUGAUAAGCUUGAUGGACCAUCUUAAGAUUCCAAAAGCUAUCGUGGCUGGACAUUCCAUGGGCGGACCAAUGGCACUGACUGUUGCGGCGCGGCAUCCAGACAGAGUCGUCGGCGUUGUCGCGAUCGGACCUGUAAACCCAUCCUCUAUCAAAGCAGAGAUGUUUACUGCGAGGAUCGAGACUGUCACUAAAGAUGGCAUGGAGCCAUUAGCAAACACUGUUCCGAAGGCUGCCACGGGCUCAAACAGCACGCCUCUCCAGCGAGCUUUCAUUCGCGAACUCAUCCUUGGCCAAGAACCCAAGUCGUACGCGAUGCACUGUGAAGCUAUCAUCAACAUGAAGGAUCCCGGAUUCUCUUCCAUGACUACGCCUGUCGUUAUCCUGGCAGGCGAGGAGGACCAGUCCGCACCAUUGGCUGGUUGUCAGUUCAUCCACGAUAACCUUGGCAGCAAGCAGAAGGAGCUCAAAGUGUAUAGCAAGGUGGGACAUUGGCAUUGUAUUGAGGUUCCUGAGCAGGUCGGCAAGGACAUUCUUGAAUUUGCGGCGAAGCUCGCGUGAAGAUGAUCGGAAUUGGGGAGAGCAGAAGAUCGGAUGCA